CAAGCCUCAAAGAAAACCUCCUCAGUUUGCCAGUCUUACCAGAGGUGUUAUUUUGUAGGUUCUUCUUGUUCCUCACACAGCUGGGACCUGUGGACAGACUCUUCCAACCACAAAACAACCUGCUAAAGGCCUACUGAAUGGGUGGAUUCAAAAGGGAGGUCCUCCUCUACUUGUUAUGCUAUGUGAUCCCACAAUGCCUCAGCACAGGCCUUCACUCGCAGAGGGUGUCUUUUUCCUCUGGAGCUGACAUUCAAACUGAGCAGGGCCUGUGUCCUCCGAUUAAGGUCGGAGAGGAUAGUUUCCCAGGUUUUUAUAUCAUGUCCCAGUUCCACAUUGCUGAGCUGGCCAGAAGAGGAACAGUUCAAAAGGUGCCUGGAUCAACCUCUCAACAUGUUGCCUACAAAAUAGGGCCAGCAUUCAACUUCAGAAUUAACACAAGGGGAAACCCAUUGUGACCAUGGUCUGAAUCCCAAGAGUGCCCUGAUCACAGCAAUACAACAACCAAUACAAUGUCAAACAAAACGGCAAUCAAUACAAACACAACAUUUAUGAAAACCAGUUACAGUCCUCAGCUACUAGGUAUUCAAUGAACGCUCUAAACUGCCCGAGUAGCACCAGAACAUCUAAUUGUAAACAAGCUUUGUAAACAAAAAAGGGAGUAAUGAAUUGAUCUACGGGACUUCAAUGGGUACCAGCCAACCUUUUGAUACAGGAUGCAGUGGUGAGUAUUUGUCACGUCCUGACCAUAGUGCUUAUGUGUUUUGCUUGUCUUAGUGUUGGUCAGGACGUGAGCUGGGUGGGCAUUCCAUGUUGUGUGUCUAGUUUGUCUGUUUCUGUGUUCAGCCUAAUAUGGUUCUCAAUCAGAGGCAGCUGUCAAUCGUUGUCCCUGAUUGAGAAUCAUAUAUAGGUGGCUUGUUUUGUGUUGGGAUUUUGUGGGUGGUUGUUUUCUGUGUCACUGUUUGUGCCA